GGGUGUUUGGGGUGGCCCCUGGCUGCCUUGGUUCAUCUCCACCUCUCACCGCCACCCCGUCUUGGGACCUGAACCUUUUUGAAAGUGUAAAGUGAACUUACGGAUGGGCUCUCAUGUGUGAAUAUAAGUCUAGUGCAUCAUUAACACAAGGACCUCACCAAUUGGAAGUUACAAAUCUUGCCAUCAGCUUACCUUAUCCUUUUUGGUCUGGUUCUUUUUCUCAGAGCGGAAACAUCUUUCUUUCAAGUUGCUUUUGUUGCAGAGUUCAGAAAAUGGCUGAUAGUGGCUUGGGGAAAAACCCCGCCAAGUGUCCCAUCUGUUCGUCUACUCAGAAAGGUGCACUUUGUGUAUGUUCCUAUAAACCAAGGUUUUCUCCAGUGGUGGUGGUGCAAGCGUCAGCAACAUCAAGCCUUGAUUAUUCAGACUCUUCCGCUUCAUCAGACAGGAAAAAAGAACAACACAUUAUUAAAGAUAAGGCCUCCGCAAAAGAUUUGCCCUCAACAAUCUCAAAAACCUCAAAUGUAGAGAGAAAGGUAUCUCAACAACAGUGGAGUCGGGGCAACUUUGCAGAAGUAAAAGUUCCUCACGUCAGGAUGGACAAUGGAGCUGCUCUUCAGGAACUAUAUGUAUUUGGAAGAAUAUUGGGAAAAGGGAGCUUUGGAGUGGUCAUUGAAGCUACAGACAAGGAAACAGAAACUAAGUGGGCAAUUAAAAAAGUGAACAAAGAAAAGGCUGGAAGCUCUGCUGUGAAGUUACUUGAACAGGAGGUGGAAAUCCUAAAAAGGGUGAAACAUGAGCACAUCAUACAUCUGGAACAAGUGUUUGAGACGCCCAAGAAAAUGUACCUUGUGAUGGAGCUUUGUGAGGAUGGAGAACUGAAGGAAAUGCUGAACAAGAAAGGGCAUUUCUCCGAGAAUGAGACCAGGUGGAUCAUUCAGAGCCUCGCCUCAGCUAUCGCGUAUCUUCACAGCAACGAUAUAGUACAUAGAGACCUAAAACUGGAAAACAUCAUGGUUAAAAGCAGCUUUACUGAUGAUAACAAUGAAAUGAACUUAAACAUAAAGGUGACGGAUUUUGGGUUAGCGGUGAAGAAGCAUGGCGGGAGCGAGGCCAUGCUGCAGACCACGUGCGGGACUCCUAUCUACAUGGCCCCUGAAGUGAUCAAUGCCCACGACUACAGCCAACAGUGUGACAUUUGGAGCAUAGGUGUCAUCAUGUACAUGUUGUUGUGUGGAGAAGCACCCUUUCUGGCAGGCUCGGAAGAGAGGCUUUUUGAGUUGAUAAGAAAGGGAGAACUGCACUUCAGUGGUCUGAUUUGGGACUCCAUAAGUGACUGUGCUAAAAGCGUUUUGAAACAGCUCAUGAAAGUCGACCCUGCUCACAGAAUCACAGCUAAGGAGCUGCUCGAUAACCAGUGGAUUACAGGCAAUACACUGUCUUCUGCGAGACCAGCCAACGUGCUAGAAAUGAUGAAAGAGUGGAAAGAUAACCCGGGCAGCGACGAGGAGAGCGCGGCCGACCGGACGGACAGGCCGGCCAGCCCCGGGCCACUCGAGGGCUGCCAGCCCAGCGUGUCCAGCGGGAACGUCCCUGGCGCCAUGUCCACUUCGGACGAAGACGACGAAGAGAAACAGCCCACUGCUUAUAAAAAGAAAUUUAAUGUGACCAGUAAGAAGGAAAAUGUGGACGACUGGGACACAAGCGUUUCAAGUUCCAUAGCAGGCAGACCCCUUGGAGCUGGAAUCAAGGGAGAGCUGGAGAAAUCCUCUGUGACUUCAAGCCAAGGAAUAGCAACCAAAGCCGCUGCUAAAUCCACUGCCCUGCCGAGAACCAAAAAGAAACCGUAAGGUUCCCUCCAACGCCAAACAGUACAGAAGCAGAGCUGCUCUUUCCAGGGCUAAAGCGAGGGGUAGGAGGGGAAAGGACAGCACCUUGCGAGCUUUUAGCCUCUUAGCUCCACUGAGCCCUGCCCUGUGUUUGCACCAGUUUAAAAUUGAAGCUAGUUGUCUCCGAGCAGUGUGGUGUCAAAGGACAGCCACCAGCAGGCCUGAUGGCAGGGCUGUGGCUGAGAUCAACCCGAGACAUUCUCUAGGGUUGUUUAGAGGAGCAGAUACCCUCAGAGCAAGGCUGUAGCUGUACUUGCUCAGUUUUACUUCACAUUCUUAGAUUGCAGCACAGUUAUUUAUAGGGAAAAUGAGAGCCAAAUAUGGUAACGGAGGUUCCUGACAAUGCUGUGCCCUGUGCACCUAGAGACUUUGUUAGGAAAUGACUAAUAGACUUACCAUAGGUGGAACAGCCUAAGUGCUCCAGCCAUUCACGUGCGUUCUUGUGAUUGUAGGUUGCUAUAGAUUGCAUAAGACAACUUAAUUUAAAUGUAGAAAAAUAGGAGAUUUUGUAACUGCUUGCCAUUAACUUGCUGCUAAAUUCCCAAUGUAUUGAUUGACUCAAUAAAAGACAGCUGUUACCCAUG